CGUCAAACGCGGCGCAAGGCGGGUGUGUGCGUAACGGUUUGUUGUUCCGAUGCGGAGUAGUGCCGUGAAAAUGUCGAACAUUUUAAAAUGUAAUUUGUGUAACAUCGUAAUUGACGAGUUGUUGUCGUAUAUACAAAACAAACAAUCAGUGAUUGAUGAUAACACUCUGGUGCGUAUCUGUACGUCUGCGUUUUCGAGUGAAGAAAUAAAGCAAUCGAAAACGUUACUUUUUGAAUCGCUGUCUACUGGUCAACGGAAAAUUGUGAGAAAAAGGACCGGUAAAGAAGCGCGUGAUAUUGAUGACAUCGUGACUGUAAUGAGGGCCGCUGAAGCUGAUACAUUACCGGUGUUUGUAGCUCGAAAAUUGGAGAAACUGCCCCCUCUUUCCUUCGACCAUCUUGAUUGCACAAAGCUUUUAAAAGAUAUAGUAAAACUUCAGAAUGACCUGGACGAAAUUAAAUCUUCAUACGCGACAAAAAGCGAACUGGAAAACGUACGAGUAGAUAUGCAAAAUUUAAAAUACGCUUCGUUGCCUCAUACUCCUUUUAACGCUGUAAACAAUAGGCGGGGAGCCUGGGUACAUGAUAGCGGCCCCAUAGGCCUAGUAUCGCAAUAUUCUCAUUGCAAUAGGGAGUCUUUGGAUAGUGAUAUUGUGCCAUCCGAAAUUCAUUCAUCGACAUUAGGUAACACAGUUGUCCCGCCGGUUUGCGAAAAAACUGAGUUAGAAUGUUUUCUCAGCGAGAGUACAAAGACAACCAGUGAUAAGAAGUGUGAAAUUAACGGUACAUUGCCAAAGAUGACUCAGGCGUCGAGUCAGGAAUCUCAUAUCGCGUGCAAUACACCGGCAGAGGCACCGAGUUCUGCACCCUACCCUCUCUCGAAAAAAAGUAAUCAAAAUGUAUCUCAAAUUAAUAUUACGGAUUCUGGCGAUAACAGUGCUAAUCCGGUAAUAGGGAACGAACAAUCACAAAAAACUACUACUUCUUUGCAGCUCGAGAUGAAUUUAGUAGAAAAUACGACGAGUCAGCUGUUGAGCGCUGAUACCGUUACGUUAGCAGGACCACAUGACGAGCCGCUAACGAACGAUAGUGGCGAUGAUUGGCAAUUACCAAAAACAAAACGAAAUCGUAAUAAGACUAAAUACCGUUACAGCGGGAUGAGGGGAAUUGCCCGAGAUACAGUAAGCAAGUUUAAAUCGGCGGGGAAAAAAGUGCCUAUUUUUAUUUCAAAUGUUCACAAGGACACUUCUGAGGCGGAUAUAAUUGAAUACAUAAAAGACAAAACGCAAGAACGUAUUUUCUUGAGGAAAAUUACGAAUAACGUCGAGAAAGACCACAACGCGUAUAAGUUUUUUGUAUGUGAAACUAAAGUUCCGCUCUUCCUUGAUGAAAAGUUAUGGCCGGUAGGCAUUAUUUUUCGAAGAUUUGUGAAUUUUAAAUAUAAUCAUAUUGUUUCGAACAGAGAGAGAGUAUCUCCUGUGGACGGCCAGCAAAGAGAUAAAAUAAAUGGAUAAGAUAUGUAGAUUUGCAAGUUUCAAUUGCAAAAAUGUCAAACGAUCAGUUAAUAGCGUGAGAGAACUGUGUCGUUCGUGUGACGUAAUCGCGCUUCAAGAGAUUUGGUUACAAGAGGGCGAUCUGACAUAUCUUGGUACCAUCGACGAUCAGUUCAACUGCACUGGGACUUCAGCUAUGGACACGACGGCGGGCAUGCUGCGAGGGCGGCCGUAUGGAGGAGUAGCCCUGUUAUGGAAUAAAUCGGUGUUUCGCGACGUUUCGGUGAUUAGGUGCGAUAACCCGCGCGUGUGUGCUAUUAAGGUAAUGUUAGUG